ACCAAGAUGGCGGUAAAUGUGAAGUCAAAAUGUUACGAGAAUAUGUUUACCGUUAUUUUGAGAUGAUCGCUAUCAAAAUACAGUGUCACGCGCUUUCAGUCAAUUCAUACACUUAUAAAUGAAUUCCACAAAAGUCUAAAUUGAUUAACAUGUAAGACUGCUUUUGAAAUUUGUUUUUUUUAUAUCGUCUGCUCCGCCAACCGCACUCGAUCUUCCCUCAAAACGCCUCGUUAGUGUCUUUCUCAGUGACCAGGUAAAUUAACUGUAAAACUGUACCCUUCCGGGCAUGAAUAAGGCAAAACCUCUUGUGCGGAACUUUCUGAUGUGUAUAUAUAAAGCAACAAUCUGGAUGUGUUGGUGGUAAAGAAUAUGAUGGAGGGUUUAGAAACGAAAUCCAUUGACAGAAAUGAGGUUUUGGAGAGGCUAACUCGAAUGAAAAGAGAACUUGUGAGAAAAGAAAAGAAACUUGAGAGAGCAAAGCGUGCCUUAAGAGCAAAAGCACAUGUGAAACAAAAACUGAGGGAGCAAGCUUUGAUCCAAGGAAACUGUGGCUCCCCACACCUUCAGCAAGAGGAGUCUCAGGCAAGUGCUAACAGCAACUCAUGGACACCAACGUCAGUGGCAAAUUCUUCCCUUGAUGUAUCUCAAUCAUUCUCGGAUGAAAAGUCAGAAAACUUUGUCAUCAGAACUAAAAGAGACCUUGAAAAACACCAUGUUAGACAAAGGGAGAUAACUCCUUCAUCGCGACGACCCUUUCUGGCUAAACUGGAACAGGCUUGCGGGCAGUCAUUGAAAUCAGAAAUUAAUGUUCAGUGUUCAAAAUCCAUUGACACCGGUUUGAAAUCAAAAGCUUUGUGCAAACAGUUGGUUCAGUAUGAAAGUAACAAAAGAGUGAAGGCAACGGAAAAUGCGACAAGUGAAGAUGUGUUAGAUUGUUCUGUUCAGGUUGGUGUCAAGGAUCGGUGUUCUGGACAUGGUGGUAUUAGUCCGGACUUACUUGAAGACUAUCCCAUUAUUCUUGACAAAAAAGUUACAUUAUGUGAUGCCGAUGAUAUACAUCUUGACAAUUCUUUGUUUCUUACACCAGCUCCAGUCAGUAACAAUUCAGAGAAAGUUGAUCUUCAUCAACAAUGCCAAGAACAUUCUGUGUUGGGCUUGACAAAUGUUAAACUUAAGCUUGAAUUUGGGAUGGAAAAUGCUCUUGAAACAGUAGGAUCAAAUGGGAAAACGAAUGACAUUCAAACUGUGGACAAACAAAGCAAACAUGUUUCAUUAGAAAGCAAACAUGAAUCUCAGGAUGAUCGAAUCCUUGAUGAUUGUAUUUUGGUACAGAGGACGUUCAGUUCAGAUGUCAAUCAAGAAACCAUUCAGAGCUCUCUAUCUCCAGUUUCUAAAAUCACAAGAAACUGCAAAAGAGAGAAUGCUCUUUCUUUGAGCAGAAAAAGAAAAAGUGGUGCCAGUGCUCAAAGACACAAUGAAAAGAAGUUCAAAUCCAAUGGUAUGGAGACUGACUCCGUUUUUGUGACAUCAGAAACAGAAAGUGUUUCAAGAGAAGACACAGUUACUGUGGUCUCAGAUUCUCUCUCCCCAGUUGCUAGCCAGAGUUUACUGAAGCCUUUAAUUCCCAAAGAAUCACAAGCCACAAUGAAAGAGGAUCUCACCUGUGAUAUUCCAAAGGAAGUUUUGCCUAAAGAGGUGUGUGAUAAGACAUUUGUAAACAACUGCCAAAAUAUUAAAGAAAACAGUUUGUCAAACAUUUUUCGUGAUAAUCACAAAAUGAGUUUUUCAGAAGAAACUGAUUUAGAAUGUAAGAGUUAUCAAAAAAAGAAAUCUUCAAAGAAGUCCCCAAAGAUUAAAACAGGAUCAUCACAACAAAAACAGACACAGCCAACUGAAUACCUAGAUUUUACUGAGCUGGAUGUGAUUCCAUUCUCACAGUUUCAGUACUCAGACUGUCUUUUCUCAAGUCAGGACUUACUGUCUGAGACUGUCCCUGGCAAAAGAGGAAGGAAGAGUCAUUUUGGCAUGCUAAUACAGAGACGAUCUCCACGUUUGUCAGCAGGACUCAAGAAUUUAGUCGGUGAUGACAUCAUGCCUGAUGACUCUAACUCUGAAACCAUUGCAUCAGAGAUCUUAGAAACUGAUUCCUUAUGUGGUUCUCAGAUACUGUGUCCCGAGCUUGUUUCUAAAGGAGGUAGACGUCUGAAGAAAAGUAAAAAGGGCAUUAUGAUAUCAUCAGUGUUCCAAUUCAUCAUUGAUGAAGCAAAGAGAGUCAAAGAAGUGAAAGAAUUUGUACUGCCAAUUAACAUAUUUAACAAGAGAGCGCAGAAAAAACUAGCAAAAUAUGUAUCUCAGGAUAGUGUUAGUUACAAUGGCCUUACAUCUGAGAUAAAACACAACACAGGUAUGAAAGUUGACGGAUUUCAAUUUGGAAGAUGUAAAAAUGGAUCGAACCAAAUACGGAGCAAGCAUGUUAAUCAGAACAGAAGAUGUCAGGAAAAUCUGAACAAUAACACUGUAGAGGAUGCAGCAGAGCUGUUGGAUUUCAGUGUGUGUAAGGAGGAGAGUAAGUUAAUAAAAGUUGACAUGAGUCAAAGUUUUUCAGCAGAGAAGAUUCCUUUCAAGAUGUCACAAGGAAAUAUUGGUGAUGAAAGUAAACAAUGUGAUUUUAUGGAGGAAAGAGACAAUGCCACUUGCAAGAAUGUGAAUUUACUUAAUGAAAUGUGUGUGUUUGACACUGCUAGAGAAGAAAAUCAAUCUGCCCUUUCAACUCCCAAACACCAGUGUGUCAGCUUUAAGACACCAAAGCAAGAAGUAUGUGAUUUUGCAACACCAAAACACCAUCCAAGCUUAAUGUCUACACCUAAGGUUGAAAAUUCAUUUGUAACUCCAAAGCACCAGAUCAGGAGAACGAAGUAUGAUAUUGCUUCAACUGAGACAUGCUCACCGUCCCUGUUUCCAUCACCGGAGGUCAAUGAGGAGAGCACUCCAUUGUUUUGCAGUCCAGUUUCUGCUUCUAAGGCAUCACCUUCAGGUGUUGCUGCGUUACCAGAAGGUGGGGACUGUGGUGUUGAUGAUGAUGAUGUGUUCUCCAGUCUUGCUGAUCCUGCAGAUACAGAGGUUGAAAACAGAGAAGAGAAGAGACUUGUUAAUGUUGGAUGUUUUCAGACUAGCAAGACAGAGCCUAUCAUCUCAGUCCUGUGUGGAGUACUACACACUGCAGGGUCACUGGUGGACUUUGUUGUCACAGUCUUCUCAACUUCCCUCAGCAUCUGGUCCAUGGAAACAUCACUGUGGACAAAUGAACUAGACUGGAUUCUACCAGAGGGUUGUGAAGCGGAGACAGCUUGGUUGAUGCCAUCGGAGGACAAGAUUGUUGUAGUAUUGUCAGGGUCAAGCAUCAAGGUUCCUGUCAUGGUCAGUGUGUUUGUCUAUGACUGGUUAUCAGGUGACUCGACAAGGUUCAACCUUCCCCUGCCUGCUUCAGUAAGAUGCCCCAUGAGCAAUGGUAUUUGCUGCCCACUCACCGACCGCCAGAUCACAGUGUUCUACAGACAAGGCACACUGACUAGGGGUCAGAAACUUACCCUGAAUGCCACAUUCACAGCCACAGUGGAUGAUAUCAAUCUGGACAGCAUAGAUGGUCAUCUGACCAGUGUUAUCUCUGUACAAGACCUCAGUCCUGCCAUUGUUGGGCUCACAGUCAACUCACUGUUUCAUAUAUGGAAUCACGAGUGUGGACUAUUAUUGCAGACAGUGGACAUCAGUUUCUCAUGCUCCACAGCAGUUACACUGGCAUCAGUACAGUCUGAACAGGGUUAUUUACUGCUUACUAUGAUGAAUACCAAGGGAGAUAAACCUGCAAGUCUUCUUGCUGUGAACCCAAUGACAUGUGAAAGCCAUCAGAUAUUUUCAUAUGAGACAGUGCCACAGUGGAAAGGAUCGGGGAUGAGUGAGUUGUUCGAGGACCUCCUUGUGGUUUGUGACAAGUCUGGAUCUCUCCUCCUGUUUGACAUAUGCUCUGGACAGCUCAUGGUACGACUGUCUGACCUUCACACCAAGUGCUUGGCCGUAGAUCCCUCACAGGAACGAAUCUUCUCAGGACAAAAAGAUGGAUGUGUGCAUGUGUAUCAACUGUCCUGAUGAUGUAUUCAAGCAUCUUUGUGUAACAUUUGUGUAGCUAAUAAUGUUCACUUCAGGUUUUUUAUCAGGACAUUUUAUAUAGUAGUCAGGUCAAAGAGAUUGCUCCAGUCUGGGUAUUAUUUAAUUUCCAUAAAUCACGUUGGAAAUAGCAAUUUCCAAUGGCCUUCUUGCCUUCGUCUAAUUUGAAAGGUAUUCUGCCAAUUGCUUAAUUGUAAUAUACUCAGUAGAUUGAACUUAAUCUAGCAAGUGAGAUGACAGUUUCUGUUACUACACAGUAUUGGAUGAACAGGUUUGUAAAUAGUGGACUAAAUCAUUAUUCAGUCAAAGAUAUCCUGUAUGUGGGCUGUUUCCAACAAUGACCCAUUGUGUCUGAAUGAUGGCAUGUUCCUAUGCAGAGCAUCCACAAUAAGAGUAGACGGAAAUUACUAAAAAAGCAGAGCUGAUAAUUUAUAAUACAUCUUACUUUAAGAGAGACAGUAAGUGAUGAUUAGUAUUCUGUGCAGAGUUCCUUCCUUUUGUUAUGCCAGGAUCUGCUGGUCAGGGGUUCAGACCUUUGUAAUACUUACAGCCCUUGGUCUGUGAGCACCAUACCUGCACUCAUUGCUUUCAGUAAGUAGUAUGCAUCACUUUGUGCUUUUUUCUGACACACACUUCUCAUCCUAGCACACAGAGACAGAUAACCUUGCCAGUCACAAGUUGACGUUAACAGCAGUAAAACUUAUGGAAGAACCUGUUAGAUGUCAUAUUUGUAGUGCUAAGAUCAGUUAGUGAACAGGCCAACAGGUUACAUAUUUCAGCAACUUUGUAAGUUUUAGCCUGAACAGAAGAUGUAUAUGCAGUUGGAAGAACUACUGUGUUGCAAGCAUGUCUUAGAGUUAUAUUUGGCAUUUACUCAGCUUUGAAAGCUGAACAUGGAGAUAUUUUAAGUGUUCGGUUUAGAAUUUAGAGUGCAUGUGAUUGGUAUGGAUGCAUCUAACUCCUGUUGUCACACUGAUACUAGGUAUGUUAAGGCUAUAGGUGAUAGUAAUACACUACUCAAAAGAUAAGUAUCUUUUCAUUUGUUUUACAUGUCUGUCGUGCAGAGAUUUGAAUUCAAAUAAGCAUGCUGUUUGUAACAGCAGGAUGAAGUUAUUGAUUUUAUUAUAUCAUAUUUGUUUAAUUUAUGCUACCAAAGCCAGGUGCUCUAUUCUACUACAUGAAGGGGAUAUGUUGCUAAUUUAACACUAUUAAAUUGUAUAGAGCUAUUAAACUUGUUGUCCAUUCAGAUUAUAGUUUAGCAAAAGGAUGGCAACUGUUGUGUCUUUAACCAGUCUGUUGUGUUUGAAUCUCAGAAUUGCCCUGAUUAUCCUUGAUAUGUCAGAACCAUGCUCAUGCUUGCUAGACAAGCACCACUAGGGCUUUCCCCACUCAAUAAAAUGAAAUGCUGUUCUAAGUUCUAUUAAACCCAGAAUCACUCUCAUGCAAGCAUGUAAUGCUACCUUUCAUAUCUGAAAGGCCUUUUCUUUGUAGAACAUAUAAACUUUAUCAGGACACAAUAUGAAACUUGUAUGUUGAGACAACAUUUUGAUUUACCACAUAUGUUUUGGGUGGUUUUAGAACAAAACGAAAUGACUUUGAGUUGGUGUCCUAACAAAAAGAUAAAACUUCACCCGUGGCUGUACCAGUGUAACAGGCCAAACUAGAGCCCCUGGCCAAACCUUUCCCGGGUAAACUUUGGCCUAGCCCAAACACUCCCCGGGGAAAGAAUAUCCUAGGUUAAAACCUCCCCUGGGAAACUUUAGCCUAGCCCAAACUUUCCCUGGGGAAAGAAUAACCUAGGAUAAAACCUCCCCGGGGAAAGUUUGGCCUAGGCCAGAUCCCCCCCAGGGAAAGUUUAGACCGGGGAAGAAAUGGCCUGCUACACCGGUUAUGAAUGCAUAUGGGAUAAGAUGUACACAUAUUUGAUUUGAUUUAGAAAUUACACCUUAUGUUACACUAAGUAAAUCCAUGUGACUGGUGAUAUUGCAUAAGACUGCUAUAAAGAAUUUCUUAGAAAACUAA